AUGAGCGAAAUAGAUCCAAAGCUUCUUCAACAGUUAGACGAGCCUUCCAGGCAGGAGGUGGCUGCCUUCAUUCAGCAGGAGUCCUCGAAAAUGAAAAUUCAGAGCUCUGUGACCAGUUUCACCGACAAAUGCUUCAAAAAGUGCGUUUCCGCGAUCGACAACGGGAACUUGAGCAACUACGAGGCCAACUGCAUGAACGACUGUCUGAACCGUUUCCUCGACACCAACAUCAAAAUUGUUGAGAUGUAA